AUGCCGCCUGCUAGCCGACGAACCAGCAGCACGGACGGGCCUCCGCAGCCGAGACAGCUGCCCGGGUCCGCCUGUGAGGAGUGCCGAAAACGCAAGUUGCGAUGCGACCGGCAACGUCCCCAAUGCGGAACUUGCGCCGAUGCAGGAAUCGUAUGCGAAGUCAACCACAACCGCCUCGCCCGCGGGCCCAAGAAAGGCGAUCUCAAGGCCCUGCGGAGCCGCAUCGUUGCUCUUGAACGUCGUCUCAGUCUCGACCCAACCAACCUCGAAGGCCUAUCUCUCCAUGGCGACGCCGACCUUUUACAACAUCCUCUUUCUGCCGCCAGCACUUGCACAACACCACCAGGACCUGCCUCCGAUGGUGACCUCAGCCAAGUUGCCUCACCACGAGGGAGGGGUUCGAUAUGGGAUGGCGACUACCACACCCACAAUGGACAGCUUUCGCCCAUGACACCACAGAUUCCCUUGUCCAUGCAAAACUUCAAGUUCCCUCCAUCACCACCCACACCACCAAAGCGCGCCUUGAUCCAUGAUCUCAUGCGUGCUGACCUCGACCAACUCUAUUUCGACCGCGUCCACCCCAACGUCCCCAUCUUCAACCAGUCCCGCUACUUCGCUCUCUCCCAACAAACACCCCUCUCCACCCACCACCACAACAGCGCCCCCAACCCCCGCCUAUGUCUCCAGUACGCCAUGUGGACGCUGGCCAUGGCCUUGUCCUCCCAGUUCGAAUCCUACCGUGACACCCUCUACAACGAAACCAAGCAGAUGCUCGAGUCGCUCGACAUGUACGAGAACCACCACCCUCACGAAAGCCCCGUCUGCGUGGAGGAAAUCCAAGCUUGGCUUUUGCUUGCCUUUUACGAGUUCUCCAGGACAAACUACAAGCGCGGGUGGGUGACGGCCGGCAGGGCGUUCAGACUGGUGCAGCUGGCAAGACUGCAUGAAAUUGAUAGCCCCGAGAGGUCAAUGUUGCAGCAGGGAGAGGAUCCGGUGCUGGUGGAGGAGCGGAGAAGGACGUUUUGGGUGGCUUAUUGCUUGGAUCGGUUCAUUAGCUUGAAGAAUCAGUGGCCAUUGACGUUGAUGGAGGAGGUGAUCUGCACUCGCCUCCCCUCGCCUGAACUUUCCUUCCAAAGCGGCCAACCAAUCCAAAUGUGUUUCCUCUCCGAAGCCAUUGCCUCUGGCGACCACGGCUUGUUUUCUCCCUUGGCCGAGAGCGUCGUGCUCGCCACUGUCUGUGGCCGCACCCUCUCCCACACGCAGGUUGCCAACGUCGAGCGCACGUACGGUAGCAACUCGGCCGACUUUUGGAUCCGACACGAAUGGCUGGCCGGCAUGGUCAACAAGAGGCUGGAUUCUCUUGUGCAGAGCUACCCGGUUGUGUCGGCGGCGGCGGAUCCGAUGCUCUUUUUUGCUUUUAUGCUUGCUCACACGACAACCAUCAACUUGUGCAAGGUGGUAGAGGCUGGUGAUUGCCAGGGGACUGGACAGCAGCAGGCUUGGGAUCCGGCCGUGUUUGAGUAUCAGAAGCGGGCGCUGAGGGCUGCGAGGGAGAUUGCCGCCUUGACCAAGGCUCAUGAGCAUCUUGGUUAUUUCAAGGCACACAUCUUCCUCCCUCUCUCCAUCUCUCUUGCCGCCUCUCGCCUAAUAUCCCAACGAACCCAAACCAUCAACGACCUCGCCGCCCAAGUGCCCGAGGGCUUCAUUCCCACCACGGAAACCGAAUACGACGGCGAGAUCCAAUCAUGCAUGGACGCGCUACGAAAGAUGCAGACGUUCAACAACCUGGCAAGGGAGCAUUUACAUACGCUGGAGCUUGUCCAGCAGCAGCAGCAACGUGCUCAACAACAACAGACUCUUUUGAUGGGCCACGUACCAAGUCAGAGUCCUAGCCAUUCCCUUAAUGUUUCACAUCAGCAUAUACCCCAAAUUCAACUUUGUACUUAUUAGUCUUAUUAUCUGUAACUAGCGAGGGUGGAGGAGAGAGAAUCAAAGGAUGGGAUGAUGAGAAGGAGGCCAUGGAGGAUAAUACCCACGAAGCAUACGUCUGCAGAGCAGAACAAGAUACCCAACAACAAUACAAGC